UGAAGGAAACGAACGAAGCUUUGUUUACUAUACAUUGGCAGACGACUGGCAGAUCAACCAAAAUAUUUCACGGAGACACAUCAAAAGCGAAAAUGUUGCUAUAGAUUUUACGUUUAUUCGAUUUAAAAAGCUUCUAAGAAGGCGGAGGGUUGGAAUGGGGCCCGUAGCUGCUGAGAUUGUGGAGAAAAUGGAAAGUUUUGAGGACGGGUUCAACUCGAAUUUGGUCGGGAGAGUCAGCUGUGUUCGCGAUGUAAACAAAAGUUUGAACCUGUUGAGCUCCGCUCCAACUUCGUCCACCCAAAUUGUGAGUUCCGGUUUGAAGUAUCUGGAGAUGCUGGAUCGAGCAUUGAGCAGAGCUGAAGGAUAUCGACCAAUCGCCACCACAAACAGCCUGCGCUAUGAGGAAGCGAAUGAGAACAAAGUUACGUGUCAGCAAAGAGAUGACGCCAUCACCAACCUGAGAUGCCUACACCUCUUCUAUGGCUUCAGUCCUGAAACACUUGCCCUAACUGCAAAUCUGCUCGAUCGAUUCCUUUGCAAAGUAAAGGUGAGGUCGAAAUAUUUGGCAUGCAUCACAAUGGCUUGCUACUUCAUUGCUGUCAAAACCAUAGAGGAAGAUCAGGAUAUCCCAUAUGGAGCUGAACUUGUCCAUCUCAGCCAAUGCGGUGGGACGGCUGCAGAUUUACUGCGGAUGGAAAGCAUCAUCUUGGAUAAGUUGGACUGGGAUCUCAACAUCGUGACACCACUGACAUUCCUCGAUAACUUCUACGCCAUCUUUGUUGAGAAGUUCCCUCAGCUUUCUUCCACUCCACUCCUUGAGGCGACGACAGCCAAGUUAGAGGUGUGCAUGUGCCAUUUUGGUUUUCAUCGCUUCCAGGCACCAACGGUAGCGCUUGCCUUGCUCAGCUGCGGUUUGCAAGAACUGAAGAUGAAGGGGCUUGUGGACAUGUUGACAGCCGUGGUGGAUAUGCAAGCCUAUUGCAAGGUUUCUGAUGCUGAAUUUCUAGAAUGCCGAGGUAUGGUGAUAGAAUUCCUCGUGCUCUACUACGGCCAGAAGUUAAAAGUUCCGAAGCAGCGUAUGGUUUGGGCCAUAUCCCGACGAACGAUGAGCCAACUUAAGCCUUCCUAUUAUAAUGUAACAGAUCUGCCAACAAUUUAUGAAGAUGCGGAUCAGAAAGCUCAUCCAAGUGAGUCUGCUGAUUCUGGAUUCGAGUCAAGUUCUGCCAAUGCUGAAUCAGAUGAAGACAGUGAGGCCACAACGACACUGCCUGAAUAUAAACAAGAGAACAUUCCAUUCUGAUCUGCUAUGAUAUGUCACCUUGAGGAUGUGUGUUAUGACCAUUUGGAUGGUACUGAGCUAAGAAAUUAGGACAUUCCAAUUGCCAUAGUGGUGGUGUGAGGUGUGAAAUGAAGAGUGACCGUCGCAUGACAAAUUCUCCAACGUCAGUGUUCUUCAAAAAGAACAAAUUUCCAGUUACAAAAGACAAAGUCACCCUUGUUGCUCCAAAGGUUUAAUUCAAUCAAAUAUUUUACCGUCCAUAAUUGAUAUGAAUUCUCUCAUAUGGAGCUGUACGUACUGUGUCAUUGGAAGUGUGUUGUCAAAUACUUCCUCAGCAAUUUUGCAAGGUUGUAGCUAAUUUUGUGUGUCACCGUGUGUGUUUGGAACUUUAACUCGACACAAUGUUUUAAUAUCUAGAAUGUUAAAUGUUAAAGAUUUUGUAUGUGAAAAGUCUUGUCUUAUGAUGUCUGAUUGUGAAUUGUGAUAAUAUUAUAUUUGAGAUUUUAAGUGGUAUAAAGUGGAUUUUUGACAAAAUAUUCUGGUGUAGUGCAACAUCUUUUUGGAAUUAUCACUCACUAGUCUGCACUAGAAAUUUCAGACGAACUAUUAAAGUGAGAGCUAUAACUUGUAAUUUAUAUAAAUUCACUUCUUAGAAAUGACAACAUUACUAUAUCGGACAUACUUGAUCAACACUUUUCUUAUUUGCAUUUGUAUCCAGGCUUAUGUUAUGUGUAAAUGUAUGCGUUCUCAGUAUUAUCUUAUUCUAAGUUAUUAGUAAAUGUUGUAGAUGCUUGUUAGAUGAGCUGGUUUGAAUGGUCGAUUCUUGAUAUCAUAAUAAUUUAACUCCAUGCUAUUUAGGAAGAAAAUGAGCUGUUGGGUUUAGUGUGUUGAUGGAAUUGAUUUCAGGUAAGGUGAUUUUAUAACUGAUCUUAGAAUUGAAAUCAAUUCAUUGACAUGUCUGCAAUCCACAGGUACUUUCUUUGUCUUACAGUUUGAAGUUCAUUGAGAUUAGUAGAGUUCAUGUUUUUAUCACACAUGUAAGAUAACCCUUGAAACCUUUGCUAAUCUUUGUCAUGAUAUUUUAGUCUAGACUUAAAACUGGCUUAUUCGGCUGUUACAUAUUGCUUUAAAUCAGGGAUUGUUCACUGCCGUGUCAUAUGCUUAUGUUUUGGUGCUUUGAAAAACCACCAUAUUAUGUUAGUGUAAAAUGAAUAUGAUGGUUUUAAAAUUAAUGCUGGUUAUGGAAAGAUCUGCUAUUCAAAAAGGUGGGCGUUAUUAAAUUUUUUAGCCAGAUACAUGUAUUUAACUCAACUUAGAAAAGUUUUAACUGGAGUAUGGCUGAUGUACUGAAGUCAAGUUGUCCUGUACAAUUAAUAGCUGAUAACACAAUGACAAUGCCAACAGCCGUAAUAACCCACAGGGGAAAAAUUCCCAAGUUCAAACCACCACCUCUUGCAACAUUUUGUUUUCUUUUACCAAUGCAAUGCAGUGGGCACCAUAUCUUAACCUCUAAAUGUAAUAAAAAAGGUAAAAUGCAUUUUUCAGCUUAACUGUGAUAAUGUUUGAUACGUUCGUAUCACUCAUCGAAGAAUUGCAAUCUACCGAUCUUGUCUUGUUAGUAAAAUUGUUGUUCAUUCAAGUUCUGAAGUGAAGAAUAUUUGUCUCAAUAUUAUGAUGAUUUUGAAUUCAGUUAUUCUUAACUUUAGAGCAUAAUACUUCCUUGUUAGAGUGAAUGUAUUAAGUGGCAUCAGUGCAAAUUAGAAUGCAUGCAGGAAGGCCCAAGCUUUCUUGUUCGUUGAUUUUGCUAGUUAUGAAUGUAUCUUGCUAAGUUCAGUCCAUUUGUAGGACAUCAUUUCUGUGUGAAGCAUCCCUGAAGAAAACAAGAAAAAAAUUCAGAAAAACAAAAAUUAUAAAAAAUAUUUAUUGUGCACAAAACAUGUCUAAGCACUGUUUCCGAGUAGAUGAUGUACGUCGUUGUUUUUCUGGUUGUCUCUUUAUAGCAGAUGACCUCAAAAUGUUUGUCAAUUGCUACAUGUAUAAAGAGUUUCAUUUUCUUUAUGAUUACCAAGUAAGUGCAUGAAAUUCUAUAAUUUAAAUGUUGUCUGCUUUCUUUGGCUUUAAAAUCACAUUGAUCCGCUUCAUGCCGAGCAGACUUCUGUUGUUUCUUAGUGCAAUCUUGUGCGUAAUGUGUUAAUUGAAUAAUUUAUUCCACUUCUUAUUUAUAUGUCUUAGAUUCAAAGUUACAAGAUUCCAUGAGAAACAUUAUUUUCAUCGUUGACAGACUCCAAGUCAAAAGAUAUCUAAUAUUAUCUCUGUGAGAUAUUUGUAUUGAUUUGAUGAAUUUUAUAUUGGAAUAUCCAUCUCACCAUGACUUACUAGAAUAGUCAGCUGGUGACUUCAUUAAAUCUGUUCGUAGCUUGGUCAUAUCAUGUGAAGUUUAAACAAGUAGGGCAUUGGUAUAAUAAUUAUAUUGUAACUCUUAGUUAGUUUGUGGAACUACCACUAUAGAUCCAUGCACUUGAUUGGGACCAACGUUUACGAAAACGUCGCGUCUCGUCACGUUACAGUAAUGUAAAAUGCAUGGUGACGUGACGACGGCCAACACUACGUCAUGUAAACGUUGUUCCCAAUCAAGUGCAUGAAUCUAUAGUACCUGUGCUCUUUUUUGGACUUUGAAUCGACACCAUGAGUGGCAUGGGCAGGAGUGUAAACUCUUUCGAAACCUGGUGUGCGCAUGCAUUUCCGGAUACAAAAUCUUGUAAUUUUCCAACUUAUGUCAAUCAUGGCGCCAAAGUCCUCAAAGCAGUAUUUAAUGGUACGUUUUUGUAUAAUACUGUCACAUAUCAUUGUGCAACUCUAUGCAAUAAAAAUUGUACAUUGUAAAUUAUUAGAAUUGCUACUAGAAUGCAGGGUCAAAGUCAAAUCUUAAAAGGUCAUGAUCAGAUCCCGAAAUAGAUGAGAAUAAUUGUAUAUAGAUUAGAUCAGUGUCUUGUAAAUGGUGUACAUUUUAGCUGUAAAGAAUGUAGAAUUGUUUGUGUAAAGAUUUUGUAAUUUUAUCAAAGAGAACAAAAGCAUUUUAUAAAAACGAAUAAAAUAUUUCUAAAUUUUAUAGAA